UUUGCACCGGGAAGAGAGGGACCAAGUCGGAGAUAUCUCGGCUGUAUCCACGGCGUUUUUCCCUGUAAGGUGGGAGGUCGGCGGGUUACGGUCAUGCUGUCCCUGGACGAGCCCCUGGACCUUAAGCUCCCUCGGCGAGCCAAUGGGCGGGACAGAGGGGCGCGCUCGCCCCCCCUCUCCCCGCUGCACCCCAAGCGAGCUCGCCAGCUCCGCAUGGCAGACGAUGGCACUGCAGUCAUAGAGCCAGCUUCGCCAGCUUCUCCGCACACAGGUGUGCAGGUGGUCCCACACGAUCGAACAGACACCCCCACCCCUCCUGCUGUGGACCUGAGCAUGUCUCCCUCCUCGCGCCACACCCCCAGCUCUCCAGAAAUGACCAAUGGCAACUACGUCCCCUCAGGGAAUUCUCACAUCUCACAGGCCUUUCAGUUUUUUGUGCCAAUUGGAGCUGGGGCAGGACUUCACCUGCCAUCCUCCAUGUUCAUUGGCCAAACGAGCGACACGAGGGCCUCUCCUGACCUCUCAGCAGAUGAACAACUGGCCUGCCGCUGGAGGAAGUGCCAUCUGCUCUUUGACUCUCUGCAAGACCUGGUUGACCAUGUCAACGACUUCCAUGUGAAGCCUGAAAAGGAUUCUGGGUACUGCUGCCACUGGGAGGGCUGUGCUCGCAAAGGCAGAGGGUUCAAUGCUAGGUACAAGAUGCUCAUCCACAUCCGCACUCACACUAAUGAGAAGCCCCACCGCUGUCCCACCUGCAACAAGAGCUUCUCACGUUUGGAGAACCUUAAGAUACACAACCGCUCUCACACAGGUGAAAAACCCUACAUUUGUCCUUAUGAGGGUUGCAACAAGCGUUACUCCAACUCCAGCGACCGCUUCAAACAUACACGCACACACUAUGUGGACAAGCCCUACUACUGCAAGAUGGUGGGCUGCCUGAAGCGCUACACAGACCCCAGCUCUCUCCGCAAGCACAUCAAAGCCCAUGGCCAUUUUGUGGCACAGGAGCAGGGAUCCCCAGGUGGGGUGGGCUCCCUGCUGAAGGGAAGUCAGAGUGGAGGGCUUGCAAGUGGAGGGGGGAAGGAUUCUGAGCUGUCCUAUGUGAGCGGAGCUCAUAUUAUCAUCCCAGGGGCAGCGGCUGCUCUUCUGGGAGGCCAUGCUCUGCAGGGCCUGAGUGGUGCUGUGCCCCUGUCUCCCCUCAGUCCUCGGCCCCUGGACCUCAGCUCACUUGGUUGCCCCAACUCACCUCCAGGCAGCCUGGGAGGCACACCCAUCCUGUCCUUCAACGGCUCCCCGCUGGGCCUGGCCAAGUCCCCUCUGCUCUCCCCGGCGUUCUCCUCCUCUGCCCUGGGCCUGCCAAUGGUGCCCAUGCUGGGGGCUGCGUGUGAGCGCAGAGCCCAGAGCCAACAAGCCAAGAAGGGCCAGGGGGAGGAGGCUGAGAAUGAGGUGACUGGGGGGGUCCUGAACCUCUCCACAGGAGGGUCUCAUGAUCCCCUGUCCUGGGUGGUCAUCCCUCCAGGCACCGUGGUGCUCAAGCCAGCUGUGGUCAACUGA